AUGUUUGACUUAUCAGAUUUUGCAAAAAUGACAAACUCUGAUUCAGAGGAUGAGAAUGAAAAUAAUAAAAAUGAAAAUAAAGAAAUUGAACAAGUUUUUGAAGAAAAAACAUUAGAGAUUUAUGAUAAAACUAUUAAAAUUAGAGAAUUUCAUUUUAGCACAACCAAUGCAGGAUACAUUUGGCCAUCAACAUAUACCAUCAUUGAUUAUAUUUUAGCACAUAAAGAAAAAUUUGAAAAUAAAAAAAUAAUUGAACUUGGUUCUGCAACAGGUAUAUUAUCAAUUUUUUUAAACGCAAAAGGUUUUGAUGUCACCUCGAGUGAUUAUAAUAAUCCAGAAAUUUCAGAAAAUAUCGAAUACAACAAAUCAUUAAAUAAUAUUAAUUUUAGACACAUUCCACAUACAUGGGGCGAUACAUUCGAAGAAAAUGAUAAAAAUUUUGAUAUUGUUAUAGCAAGUGAUAUUUUAUUAUAUGUUAUGUAUUUUGAAAAAUUAAUGUUAACAUUACGUCAAUUGAUGGAUAAUAAAGAAAAUAGUUUUAUGUUAAUGGCCUAUGGAAGAAAAUUAUAUGACUCUAAAAAGUUUUUUGUAUUAUUAGAAGAGAAUGAUUUCGAAUACGAGCUUGUAGGAUCGAAAAUGUGGAUAAUUAAAAAGAAAAAAAUUAUUAAUAAAUAA